AUGGAGAAAUUCCUGCGGGAUUGGCGCCAGGAUGCCCUCAACAAGGCGCAGUACGACGCCGCCAUCUUCGUCGGCGACAAGCUCCUCGCCUUGACCAAUGACGAUAAGGAUGCCUUCUGGUUGGCCCAGGUCCAUUUCGCAACCGGCAACUAUACACGCGCCCAGACCUUUCUCUCCAAACAAGACCUCAUCACCCGAAACCCGUCCUGCCGAUACCUCGCCGGCCAUUGCCUUAUCAAGCAGUCAAGGUACGAAGAGGCCCUCAACGUUCUGGGCGAUCUUAACCCGGUCGAACUGUACAAUUUGAGAUGUAAGCGAAAGAUGCAACCUAAAGCCGGAAACAACAACAACAACAACAACAACAACAACAACAACAACAACAACAACAACAACAACAACAACAACAACAACAACAACAACAACAACAACAACAGCCACAACAACAACAACGCCGGCUCCUCCCGCGCCAGGGGCUUGUCCACCACAGCCAGGGACAGGCAGCUACGAGACGAAACAGAGGAGCAGGAAGAAGAAGCGCUGAACCGAAAAUACGAGGCUGCCAUGUGCUACUUGCGCGGCAUCUGCUACGCCAAGCAGAACGCCUUUGACCGCGCCAAGGAGUGCUACAAGGAUGCCGUCCGCAUCGACGUGCAGUGCUUCGAGGCCUUCCACCAGCUCAUGGCCAACUCGCUGCUGUCGCCCGACGGGGAGUGGCAGUUCCUCGACUCGCUCGACUUCGACUCCAUCCACGUCCCGGCCAGCGUCUCGGCCUCCCAGGAGGCGGCCGAGUUCACCAAGAUGCUCUACACCACCCAGCUUUCCAAGUACCGCGACCCCUCGGCUUUCGCCGCCGCCUACGACUCCCUGUCGACCCACUACCGCCUCGCCGACAACCCGGACCUCCUCCUGGCCCGCGCCGACCUCCUCUACACGCAGUGCCGCUACCAGGACGCCCUGGCCAUCACCGACUCGAUCCUGCAGGACGACAAGUACAACUUUAGCGUCUACCCGCUGCACCUGGCCUGCCUUUUCGAGCUCGGCCGGAAGAACGCGCUCUUCCUGGUGGCCCACGACCUGGCCGACAACCACCCUGGCGAACCGUGCUCGUGGCUGGCCGUCGGCGUCUACUACUUCGCCAUCGACAAGAUCGCCGAGGCCCGCCGCUACUUCAGCAAGGCCAGCAUGAUGGACGCGCACUUCGGCCCGGCCUGGAUCGGCUUCGCCCACACCUUCGCCGCCGAGGGGGAGCACGACCAGGCCAUCUCGGCCUACUCGACCGCCGCGCGGCUCUUCAUGGGCACGCACCUGCCGCAGGUCUUCCUGGGCAUGCAGAACCACGCGCUCAACAACAUGACCCUGGCCGAGGAGUUCCUCAAGACCGCCUACGGCCUGUGCAAGACGGACCCGCUGCUGCUCAACGAGAUGGGCGUGGUCAAGUACCACCAGGGCAGGCCGGACGAGGCCGUGCAGUUCUUCGUGCGCGCCCUCGAGAUCGCCGACGAGAUGGGCGCCGACCCGGACGCCUGGCUCGGCCCGCGGACCAACCUCGCCCACGCCUACCGCCGCCUGCGCCGCCACCGCGAGGCCCUGGCCGAGUUCAACGAGGUGCUCCGCCUCGGCGGCAAGGACGCCGCCAUCCUCUGCGCCAAGGGCCUCAUCUACCUGGAAGAUGGCCAGCCGGAGAAGGCCGUCGUGCCGCUCCACGAGGCCCUGGCCGUCCACCCGCAGGACAGCAUCGCGACGGAGCUGCUCAACAAGGCCCUGGAGGAGACGGUGGGCAUCGAUGUCGCCGCUGCCGCCGACGACGACGAGGAGGAGCUGGAGGCGUUCGAGGGCGAGCUGGAGCUGAGCAAGGCGCGAGCGCGGGACAAGGUCGCUGCGCGGGGGCAACCCGGGAACUGGAUGGCCAAGGGGAAGGGUAGGGGUGAGGGCUCGAUGGAGACGAGUGGCUAUGAUUGA